AUGUGUGUGUGUGUGAGCGUGAGCGCGCGCCCGAGUGCGCGCGCGGGGGGCGAGCCCGGCCCGCGGCGGGGAGGCGGGGGCGCUCGGCGGGGUCCGGCGGGGGCCGCGGAGGAGGCCGCGCAGGGAGGCGGCGAGGAUCCUGCUCCCGGAGCUGCGCGCCGACCCGCCCGGUCACUCCACGUUGCCGCCGCCGCUGGCGGACGCGCCGGCCUCCAGCUCCCUCCUUCUGCUCCUCCUUCUCCUCUCGCUCCAAACGCCAACCCGGCAACAGACGAUCGGCCGCCGCCGCCGUCGCUUUCACCCCCAGCGGACGCGCCGAGCGGGCAGCUUUAUGCCUACGGGGGUGGCCAAGGGGAUCCCGUGGAGCCCACCCGUCCCGACCCUCGCCUGCCUUCUCGCCCACUCGGACUCUCUCGCUUAGGGUGGGAGGCACUUGGCGGCCGGCAGCAGGUCCUCGCCUUGCUCCGUUCUGCAGCCAGGCAGCCCCUCGUUACUCAAAGGCAACAUUUUCAUUUCCUCAUGACUGCAGCCACACCGACGAGACAGAUGAUUUAAACUGGAGACCGUGGACGUUUCCCCCAGACGCAAAGCCAUCGUAGGAUCGUCCAGUUCAGGCGUCCCUUUUAUUAUAGAAAGAUGAGACUGCAGUACAGAGAGGUUGAGUACCUGUUCUCUCAAGACCAGAGGAAGAGGCAGAGCUGGCUUUUGCAGUCAGGAUCCACUGUCUGCACUUACCCACGACGUAUUUCUAGGAAGCAGUGCUACCAGACUAAGUCUGACAAACAGUUCUGCGGUGACAUUAAGUUUGGAGAUACAGGUACUUUAUUGCCUAUCAUCAGCGUCAAGAUUCUGAGAACCUUAACAGAAAAUAAACGUUUCAUUCUUUUUUU